UCGAGACCCGUAACUAAUUUAGACAAUUCUUACACCGAUUACGAGAUUAUGCAUGAAUUGGAUUCUUCACAUCCCUCUGAGUUUGAGAUCUGUAGCCGAACCCAUUGGGGUGAAAACUUUCCCGGAGCCUCGUCUUGGAUUGUAUUGCAAUGGUUUUGGGGUAACCGUGGUGGAUUUUCAGGCGGUUUUGACUUUUUUUAUGACUACCCGACGACCAAAGGGUCCCUAGAAAUGGUAUUAUCAAUGUUUGGCCAUCACAUCGACGACAAGGAUGUCCUCCAGUUAUUCAAAGAAAAACGAUUAGCGAAGAAAAAGUCAUCGCUUUAUGGGAAACUCAAAAUGGUGUUUAUGGCCAUCGAUUCCGUACUCUUUAGUCCAACAAAACUUAUUAAAUUGAAGACACAAAUGAUGGACAAUAAGAAACACAGUGUUGUCCACGAAUUGCAACGCCUGUCCACUGCGAAAGACAUUUGGAAAGCAUUAUCCGACAAAUUCUUUGAUAUCUCGAAAGACACCCGAUUUCACGGACCCGUCUCUAUGAGCGCAACGCUUAAGAAUAUGGUCUUGAAGUCUGUUUUGGAGAGCGCUUUACCUAAUAAUCCAGAUAUGGAUUCAGAUUAUAAUUUAAUGGUAUCGUCGUGUAAUGAUGUGAUCAGCGCUGAAGUGCCCAACAGUUUGCGUGAAAUCGCAAAGUCUAUUAGAGAUAAGCAAUGGUUCCGACAAUUGAGUGAUGAGGAGGCGCUUCAAGUGCUGCAAACGGGAAGCGAUGAGUCCUCACAAAAGUUUAGAUACUUUCUCGAUAGACACGGACACAGAGGGUAUCGAGAAUUUGAUCCCAUGUAUCACACGUGGAAAGAAAAUCCAAUUCCUUGUGUCAAAACAAUUAAAGGUUUAUUAUUGGGAAAUGAAUCACAAUUAGAGCCAAAAGUAGCCAAAUCUGUGGAUCAAGUGAUGGAAGAGCUCAAGACUCCGCUUUCAUUCAUUAAGAAAUUAUUGAUACGAAAAGUAUUACUUCCGUGGAGUAGACGUGGAGUCGGAUAUCGAGAACUAUCAAAAUUCAGAGAAUGUUUUAGACUAUUGUCGAAACAAAUGGUUAGAGAAGGUCUGAUCCCAUCCGCCGAUUCUUUCUUCUAUCUCACUGUCAAUGAAGUCGAGGCUCUCUGUAGUGGAGAUAGGGAUCCACUGAUACUCACAAGAGUUAGACAACGGCGAAGACUUUACCCUCAAAUGGAUAAAUACAAGUUCGAAGAGUUUAUUAAAGGACCCGAAAUGAAACCCAGAAAUUUUGAGGACCGGAUUAUUCCUCCAGUUUUGAGCUCAGAUAUGGUUCAGAUGAAGGGAACGCCUGUUAGUAACGGAUUCGUAAAAGCGAGGCCGGGAGAUAUUCUGAUCACGUACUCGACGGACAUCGGUUGGAGUCCAUACUUCCCAUUACUUUCGGGUAUAAUCACAGAAAUCGGUGGAACGAUAUCUCACGGGGCAGUCAUUGCCCGCGAAUACGGGAUCCCGAGUCUGAUAGCAGUGGAGGGCGCGUGUCGUGCCUUCAGGACCGGCGAUAUCUGUCUGUUGGACACUAAGACACAGACCAUCACUAAAAUAGAGUAA